CCAUGACGUGACUGCACAUGUGACGUCACGAGAUUCGUUCUUCGGGAAUCUAUUGACGGAAAAUUGCGGCUAUUUUUCCGUUUUUCUGACACGAACUCCUGUGGAACAUGUGGUUAGAGGAGUGCGAUGGUUUUGCAGAACUGUGUCGGAGUUAUUUACCGUAUUACCUGUUAAUAGUUUUACCGAUAUUCAUUAUAAUAGCACCAGCUAAUCCCGUAGCUGCUUCCCAUGAAUUUCCCGUGUAUCGGAUGUACCAGUAUGACUUGCAUGGCGUUCCACAUGGAUGCCGAAACGCUCCUGUCUCUCUGGAGGCGAGGUCGCUCGUUGGAUGGGUAACGUCUAGACACUGUGUCGUUGCUAGAGCUUUAGAUCUAACGGCCGAUCUCUAUCAAUUGAUUAAGAGUAAGGCUGGGGCAUUGGUAGUCAUUCUGCCCGAGAAAAUGGAUCGCUUAACAGAGGAGGAGAAGCAGCAAUUCAUGGCCUUGGAGGAAUCUAUGAUGUUCGGGUCAGAAUGCAUGAUUCCUGUGUACUUUGCGCAAUGGAAUCCAGAGCUUCAGCAAAUUCUAGAUAACAUCGAAAACAGCUUUUUUACCGACGAUAAGUCUGGUUCGGCAGCAGAAGCUAUAUUCAGCUCAAUUUCGGCCAGUGGAUAUCAAGCAGUGGUCGCAUCAGGUCAGGCUACACCUAAAACUGAUGUAAAAGUUGCAACGCUCCAAGGAAAACUUACUGGAACAGGAGCAGAAGAAAAAUUACCAACGAUUGCCCUAGUUGCGCAUUACGAUAGUGCAGGAGUAGCUCCGGAACUGUCGUUUGGCGCAGACAGCAAUGCUUCAGGCGUAGUAAUGUUGUUAGAAUUAGCAAGAUUAUUCUCCGUCUUGUAUUCCAUGAGUCGCUCUAGACCAAAAUAUAAUCUCGUGUUUCUGAUAACUGGAGCCGGCAAAUUGAAUUAUCAAGGUAGCAAAAAAUGGUUAGAAGAUCAACUCGAUGGCCUUGAGGGAUCAAUUAUUCAAGAUGCUUCAUACGUAAUUUGUGUGGAUACCGUAUCAACAGGCAAUAGUUUAUACGUACAUGUAUCGAAGCCACCUAAAGAAAAUUCGUUUGGUGGACUCUUUUACAGAGAGCUAAAGGCUGUUUCGGAUUCUGUAGGUAAUGUACAUGUUGAAGGUGUUCAUAAAAAAAUUAAUCUCGCUGAGGAGACGCUGGCUUGGGAGCACGAAAGGUACAGCAUUCGGAGACUACCAGCUGCGACCUUGUCAACGAUAAACAGGCAUGAAGAUCCUGCCAGAACUACAAUUCUAGAUGUUAUGAGAAACGGCCAAGUAAAUACAUUGUAUAAGCAUACACAAGUGGUAGCGGAAGCUCUAGCACGACAUAUAUAUAAUUUAAGCUCCAGCCAAAUUUUCUCCGAAGCAUUGGGAGUUUCUAAAGACUCGUUAACACUGUGGCUCAAUUACUUGGCAUCCCAACCAAGGGCGGCGUCGCUUUUAGCGGAUAAGCAAAAUCCUUUAGUCAAUACCCUCAAGGACGCAAUGACAAAAUACCUUGGAGAUGUUAAAGUCACGCUUCACAGUCCUGACAAGCGGGACCCUGAAUUUGUAUUCUACGAUGUGUCAAAAGCCACUCUUAACGUAUACAGCGUGAAGCCGGCGGUGUUCGAUCUUUUCCUCACGAUUGCCAUAAUCUUAUACUUAGGACUGGUGUACUUGGUAGUUCAUAAUUUCUCACACAUAUAUUCACUCGCUACGCGAAUCGCAGUUAAAAACAAAGUCUCUUAAGCGUACUAUGACCAUCACUUAAAAAUAAGGUAACAACUGGAGAAAGCUGUGUAAGUAAUAUUCAUUUGAAAUGAUUAUGUAUCCCUGACAAGUUUUAGGAAAAUUGUCAUAAGACAGUAAACUUUUACGUUCAAGUAUGUCCCAAAAAGUAGGCUAGCUCAGUACGUUUCCCUGCAAUUGGUUCGUCGUGAAAAGUGCGAUUAAUUCGUCGCAAGGCGACGUUUAGAGACAUUACAUUUUCUAAGGGUAUUCACGUGUCGAGGUAUCAAGUUUUUCGCAAUCAAUGCUGAUUAAGUUUGCAUUCGUAUCGCGGAUCAUCGAAUCUGCGAUAUUCAGACUAUCUAGUGAGACUCGCAAAUAACUUAUAACUUAAUGGUCUACUUACGAUGAAGAACUUAAUGCCAUAGUGAAUACUGCUCCGUUUCGUGUUACAAUUCAACUGUAAUAUAUGAAAAUCGUGUAAUGUUUAAGAGUGAGCUUAUUGCUAACGCGACUCUUCCGUAGCGCCAAUAAAUGUAUAAAAGUCGUACAUACAGACCUGUAAAAAGUAAUAGAUGUCACGGUUGUUUAUUAAAA